AUGAAUUAAUAAUCAUCUGAUCAAAAAUUUGUUAGCAUUCUGACACCAAAUUUAUCAGACCUAGAGGAAGACACUUAAAACAACAAACAAGACUAGCAACCUUUGUAUUAAAUUAAUAUUAUAGGAUAGAUAAUUUCUAUACAUCUCUCCUAAUUUGUUUAAUAAGCUAUGGCCGGAAAUUAAGAAGUAGCUCUAAUUAUUGAAGGCCAGUUAAACUAAUUUAACUGCUUUUAAUGUUUAGCAAGUGAUAGAAGAAAUUUAUUGUUUGCAUUUCUUAAAUGUACUAAUAUUAAUAAAAGUUAGCCAAAACAAAUUAAAAACAAAAUUAAUUUCAAGAAUUUCUGUAUAGCAUUAGAUGGAUUUCCAUUAAAAAGAGAAUUCUUAGCCAAAAUACCAUAGAUAAGCGAUUUGGCUCUUAAAAUGGAUUCAGAAUUUACGGAUUAUCUGAGUAUGCUUUUAGAGAAAGUGGAGUUAAAAAGGAUGUAAGUAGCAAUCUUAUUGGCCAAUAUGUUUUUAUGUGUUAUGCACCUACAACCAGAUUAUAAACUAUUACCAGCUGUUUUCAUAAUGGCAAAAUUGUUUAAUCGAUCAAAUGAGGAUAGUGGAUAAAAUAAUAUUAAGAUUUAGAAGUUAAGAUGCUUAUUUUACUAUUUCCUUCAUGUAUUUUCACCUGAAUUCAAACCACACGAGAGGAUUACAUUCACCAGAAAAAAGCAGAACUUAAUAAUGCUUAAUAAACCCUUGUGUGAGUUUAUUUAUUGCGAAUAAGGUUAAAUGGAGAACGUGUAAGACUCCUUUAUAGUGGAUUUUGCAAAUAAGAGAAUCGGAGGUGGAGUCCUUAAUCUUGGAUGCGUUCAAGAGGAAAUACUAUUCUUGACACAUCCUGAAGCAUUGGCGUCAUUGCUAAUAACUACUGAGAUCAAGCAAGAUGAAUCAAUUAUUAUUGAGAGAGUCAACCGACUCAUUAUGUAUGAGGGCUAUAAAGAUAAAUUUGAAUGCAAAGGAAUGGUUAAAUAAAUCAGAAGUGUCAACUUCAUUGUAAGAAAUACAACUACAUUUUAUAGUGCAUAGAUGCAGGAGAUUACUCAGGGAAUUACCAUUAGUAAUAUAAAGAAUACAAGAGAGAGUUGACCAAAUCUUAUUGUGGAUUUUAUGGAAUUGCUCGUAUUUGUACUGGAAAAUGGGGAUGUGGAGUCUUUGGUGGAGAAUGGCAACUGAAGGCGUUAAUUUAAUGGGUUGCAGCAUCUAUGGGAGGAUGCCGUUAACUGGUGUUUAUCAAUGAUGAACAAUAUGCAUUCAACCAAGCUUUCAAUUUGAUCAAGGGUUUGAACUCCAAUUAAUUAUGGGAAUAUAUACAAAAAUACUGUUAGAGUAAAUCUUUAGAGGAAUUGAAUAAUUUCAAUGCUAUUGACUUCAUCUUGUCUUAACACCGAUUUUGA